AUGAGUUCCCAAUUUUCGUCUGCUAACACGAAGAAAGCACUGACCAGUUCGAUUUUCAACAGCUUAAAGAAGCUGAACGGCGAUAAAUAUGAUGAAACAUUACUUCUAAAAUUGAUAUCUUCUCUACGAUAUCUUGACUCCAGUGAUUCGAAGUAUUUCAGUGGCUUGAAAUUGGAUGAUAUAGAUAUAUUUAAUAAUCUAUACCAUAGAAAUUUAAAUUUAUUGGCAAUUUUAUUUGCUUAUUGUUCAAUUUUACCGUUUCUACAGCCUUUAAUCAUUAAUUCACUGAUUGUCCCAAAUUCUCCGUUGUUGUCAUUUCAGCAGUUCUAUAACGGAGCUUCACCGGGUUAUACACCGGGAUUUUAUACUAUAGUACAGGUAAUUGAACAAUUUCAAGGCGUUGAUUUGAUGACCAUCGAUUUCUUGAAUUUAUCUCUAGAUUCAAUUCUAAUCAAAAUUUGGAUUCCACAAUGGUUACUUUAUUUGAAAAAUAACAGGCCACAAUCCCUAGAUGAUUAUAAAGAAAGCUUAACAAAUCUAGUAACUGUUGAAUCGAAUAUGGAUUUUUUCAUUGCAACAUCAUCAUCUCUAGAAUUCCACAAAUCGAAAUAUCAAUAUUUUAUUGAGAGAUUUGCACAAAGAAUCAUUCUCUUACCGCAAAGACUGAUAUCACAAACCACUUAUAAUAAUGCAUUGAGUCUAAUAGUAUCUUCUUUUGAUAUUAAUCUAGAAAACAAUUUACGAGUACUAAUGGAAAUAAUCGAUCAUCCAGAAUACGAUUAUAUAGAACAACCGCGCCUCUGCAUACUAUUAUACCUCUCUUUAAAUAACAUUCAAACCAUCCCAAUUCAUAUUCUUCACAAAGAGUUAAACAAAAUGGGCACGGUACAAAGCUUGAGUGCAAUCGUUAAUAUGUGUCAAUUCUUACUAGCAAGAUAUCUAUUAAAGCUUGUCAAUGGAAAUUUAUCGCUUCCAAAAUGGUUUGAUGAACAUAUUUUGCCUCCGAUUCCCCCAAUCUCCAAGUCACUAUUUGUCUUUGAUAAUGAUAACAAGAUUCAUUUACCAUUUGGUCAAAUUGUUACUUUGCUAAUAAAAUGUCUCAAUUUGACAAUUUUAAUCAAUACUAAUAUUUUGCUACAAUAUAAACAGCUACAAAUCAAUCCAUUGGAAAAUCCAGAAGGUACAUCAGACAUCAAUUACCAAUUGACAAGAGAUUAUUUAGAGCUUUAUUUUAUUCCAGAAAUUACUUCAUUAUUGUUAUCAGAUGAAUUAAGCCAAAAUACUAAUCAAAGUAAAAUUUCACUAAUUUACAACAAAUUACUAUUUAUCAAUUCCAUCAUAGUCAUUGAAAAUUUAAUUUUUGUCAAUGGAGGAAGUGAAAACAUUAUAAUCUAUCAUUUGAUCAAAUUUGUCUCUAGAAUUUCCAUUGAAAAUCUAUAUUUACAGAAGAUUUCAAUCAAUUUGCUAAAUCAUCUUUUUUUCCACAGUAAAGAUACUUCAAUCAUAAAACUUUGCGAGGAAAAUGAACUGUCGCUUCAAUCUCUCAAAGCGUACAUAGAACUUUGGAAUGACGGUACGUCUAAGUAUUCAGGAUUCUACGAACAAGUAUUUCAAUUAAAUCAACCUCCAGUCGAAUUAAUGACCGUGAAUCUAAAUUCUAUAAUUGAGAUGUAUUUACCAGAUGAUAAGCAUGAUUUUAUCAGCAUUGAAGAUAACCAAACGAAAACAAUGCAAAUGCGCAACUCAUCUGUAGUAUCUUCGUCAACAAACAAAUUUGAUCCAUAUAUUACAAAAUCCUUUGUUCCAAAUUAUAACAAUUUGUUUAAUAAUUCAGAAUCUUUCAACUCAUCUUAUCGUGAUCAUGCAUCUACUUCAACAAGUGCUGCCACCACCUCUCAUACGACAAAUUUAUGGAAUUCUUUCCAAAAUACUUCACAGAACAAAAUUGUCAACACGGGUAAGAAUUAUAUAUUAGGAGGCCAUAAUAGAGUCAAAAAUAAUAGCAGGGUGCAAUCCAUUCAUAUCGAUCAGUUUGAGAAUUUUUCUAACAACAUAUAA